AUGAGGACUCUUUCAGCCAACUUGUUCGCUUUGCUGCUGAUGUGCGCGCUGCUCAGUGUGUUCUCUGUGUGGCGCGCGCUGGAGAGCCGUUUGGAGCGACACAAGCGGAGGUUGUCGGGACCGGGCGGAGGCUCCUUCCACCAAGGUCUCUCAGAGGACCUGUCCGCGAAAACUUUCAGAGCUCUGCUUGCCGUUCCGGCCGCACAAAGACACUUCCUGGGGGGCAGAUUUAAAGCCGACAACCUCAGCCAGCCUGCUGCCCCCGCCGGGACUCGGGAUUAUCACGUGAAAGGGGACAAGAAGAGGUCAGAGCAGCGGGAGGGGCCGGUCAGGUUCGGCUCCCCCGUGGACAGCGGCGUGUUCUGGAGCGACUGGUUGGAAGAUCUCCUCCCUGUGGGGUUCACGGAGGAGCAGGCGCGGAGCUGGAGGCGGAAGGCGAGGACAUCGCGCGUGGUGAAGCUGGAGCCUGGAUGCGGCAGGAGGUCCAAUCAGAUGGCCACGUUUGCCGACGGGACUAAAGCGUGCGUGCGCUAUGGGAUCAACGCGGACCAGGUGCAAGGGGAAACUUUGACAUAUUACCUCAGCAGUUUGCUGGGCAUCACGAAUGUGCCUCCGCUCGCGCUGUCCCAGCUCCACGGGGACAGUGCGCAGUGGGCGGCGGUGAGGGCGCGCGUCAGCGGGCUGCAGUGGAGCGACGGGGCCGUGGUUUCCCUCACCGAGUGGGUCUCGAACCUGACCGGGGUCGUGACGCCCGCGCCGCUCAGGCAGGAGAGCAGCGGGCUGCAUCCUGCGCUGGACGGGCUCGGGAACAGGAGCGCGGCGGAGCUCGUGGAGCUCGCGCAGUGGAGCGACCUGAUCCUGUUCGACUACCUGACGGCGAACUUCGACAGGCUCGUGAGCAACUUGUUCAGCCUGCAGUGGGACUCGCGCGUCAUGGAGCGGGACACGAACAACCUGCUGAGGACACCCCGCGGUGACCUUGUGUUCAUAGACAACGAGGCCGGGCUCGUGCACGGCUUCCGGGUGCUGGACAUGUGGGAGCGGUACCACAGCUCGGUGCUGAGCUCCGUGUGCCUGUUCAGGAGGAGGACGGCGCAGCGCGUGGCGGAGCUGCACGCGCGCAGAGACUCCGAGCGCAGGCUGCUGCGGCUCUACACGGACAGCGAGCCCUUGGCGCAGGAGUUAGGGUUUCUCUCAGACGAGCACGCGGCGCUCCUUCAGGACAGAAUCGAUCGCUUGCACAAACACAUUUUGCAUUGCAAAGGGAAAUACAGCCAGCAGUGAGGACGCAUGCGCGCGCAGGUGGAUGUGAUGGGCACAGCUGCGCAUAAUCGAUGCUUCUUACACAAAACUGUCCCGAACAGCCAACUAAGCUACCUCCUGUGAAUAGAAUGUGUUGCCUUUCUGAAAAGAAGCAAAAUCUGGAGGCUUUGUGGUGAUGUAAGCAUCAUGCAUAUAUGAUUAAUCUAAUUAUGCUAAAGAGUUCA